GUCAUAGUAUUGCCUCUAAUAUAUUAUAAUCCAGGUAUGGGCUUCAAAAUGGAAUGAGAGAGCAUUCUUCAGCACCAGAAAAAUAAAAUUAGAUCACGAUUAUCUCUGCAUGGCAGUCCUUGUUCAGGAAAUUAUAAAUGCUGACUAUGCAUUUGUCAUCCACACAACAAAUCCAUCUUCAGGAGACUCCUCUGAGAUAUAUGCUGAGGUUGUUAAGGGACUUGGAGAAACCUUAGUUGGAGCCUAUCCUGGACGUGCUAUGAGUUUUAUAUGCAAGAAGAACGCUCUGGAUUUUCCUCAGUUGUUGGGAUAUCCAAGCAAACCCAUUGGCCUCUUUAUAAGUCGGUCGAUAAUCUUCAGAUCUGAUUCCAAUGGUGAAGAUCUGGAAGGCUAUGCUGGUGCAGGUCUUCAAGAUGCUGGGAAAUUGAAACUUAAACUUGGAGUUUUCAUGGGUCCUCUUCUUAAAGAUGUGUCAAGACUUGAUGAUAAUGGAUUUAAUUAA